GAUACAUUUCAGAAAUGUCUAACUACUAUCUGCAGCCAUUGCUCUUAACGGUUUGUGCCCUUAUCACCAGCGAUCUAGUGGCCACCCAAGAUUCCCUAAUAUUCGCAGCAACAACAGGUCCGCCUCCAAUGACCACAAGGCCAACAGCUCGGCUCGGUGGCAACUUUGUGCUGGUCAACAAUGAGCCAGUGGUGGGCACUAUGACACCCUUUGUCUCUGCAGCGCCGGCUCCGACGCAACAAUUCCUGGAUUGCUUUGGUCGUUGCCCCACAACGCCAGAAUAUAAUCCGAUCUGUGCGAGCAACAGGCAAAUGUACCUCAACGAACAGAAGUUUAACUGCGCUCUCUUCUGCGGUGCCGAUAUACGAAUUGUGCGACGAGGCAGCUGCCAAGGUCUGUUUCCCAUGCAGCGCGGCUGAAAUGCAGCUUACUCAUAGUGUACAUAGAGCUAGUAAUUUAAUGGUACUAUAAGAAAUAAGCCGGAUGCAACCGACUGUGCAAUACCCUGCUCG